AUGUCUCGUUUCUUCCAAGUCCUGCUCGUCGCCUCCUUGGCUUUCGCACUCUGCGCCGCUGAAGCGCCACGUUAUCGUGGUCGCAAUGGACGCCUACAACUCUCCAAGCAACGUAGCCGUUUCUUGGCACGUCAAGAAGCCGCUGAAGAAGCAGGUGUAACGCCGUACCCCUCCGCCAAGGAACUGAUACCAGAGAUUCCAUUCGAUGAAGCCGCCGCCGCUGCUGCACCUGAAGUACCCGUUGAACCCGAAGCACCAGCUGCUCCAGAGGGUGACAUAAGUGUCUCUGUGAAUGUUGAUCUUCCAGCCGAGCAGGCACCAGUUGAAGAAGAAGCUGAUGAACCCGCGCUUGCCGACGAUGCUGAGGGCGAACAUGAACCAGACCUUAUCUAUGGCCCACCAGAGGCUGAGGAUGUGCCAGUUGUCAAUGAAGUUACUCCCGUUGAAGAAAUCGAAGCCACCAUCGCUGAGGAAGAAGAGGAACAAGCCGCUGAGGAGGAGGCUAUCGAAUCUGCACGUUUGACUUUCGGUCGUCGCAUCAACGCACGCAAAUCCGCUCGUCCAGCUAAGUUGCGUGCUCCAGCUCGUGCUCGUAGCAACUCCGUUAAAUCCGCCAGAAUUGUUAAAGCCAAGGUUACGACCAAAGCUCGCUCUGCUCGUCUACAACAGUUGCCACAACAACAGUUCUUUGUUCCUCAACAAUUUGCGGCUCAACAACAGCAACAACCUGUCUUCUACUACACCGCUGGUCAAUUGCAACAAUGGUAAAGACACCUACAUUCUAAAUAAAUUUUCUGGGAGAAGGUGGUGGGAAUACAAUCGGUAUUAUGAGUUUACUACAAGUAUAC